AAUACUCAAACAGCACACAGUUUCUACAAUUAUUCGUGCAAAAUGAAUGAUCAAAAGUGGCCGCACGAAGCGGCCGCUCAGCGAAAAGUACGGGGACAGUCGAUGCUGCGUAGCCAAAUCGAUACCAAAAUGAAUCCCGAAUACUCGGAUCAAAUGGUCUUGAAUAAUCGCACGCCCACAUCGAUAAUGAGUCGCAAAGCCACAACUCUGGUGUUGCCAGACUUUUCACGCUUCACGCUGGCCAAUAUAGCAUCACUGCCAUCGCACAGUACCAACGAUACAGUGACGACAAAGUCACAUGCCUUGGACCAGCUGAGAUCACCGAUUUGCAAGUACACAGAUCGUGUGGUGGAUGAGAUUCUAGUGCAGAUUUUCGUGGAGCGACGAGGUGACUUCUCCAUGACAUCCUCCUGCUGUGAAAAGACAGUUGUCAAGUGGGUAAAAUCCAAGAAGGACCUGCAUGUCGACAAGCGUCUCAAGUACUGGCGGGAAAUGAUGCAGCGGCGCCGCAAGCUGCAGCUUCGUGUGCAGAAAGUAACGGGCAAGAAUGCCGCUGAGGUGCUCUUUAAUCGACGCACUACCCUGGAGAACCGUAACGAGCAGAUGGUGAAGCGUCUGCUGGAGUAUGCGGAGCGCAUGCGGUGCGAUCGGCUGAUGGCCAUGCCCGUGUCCACGCUGCGCGAGUUCCAGGAUCCCUGUACAUGUCAGAUUAUUCAGGAGCUGCCAGAAACGCUGCCCAAAGCGGAACGCGUUGGUUAUAAGGAUGUGGAGAUCAUUGGGGUGCCAAAUGUGAUCAAACGAGAGCUCCUAGGCAGAGAGGCAGUUGGACAGGAGCUUCGACAUGCCUGGCUAAAGUCCAGCAUCUUGGAUAAGCAUCUCGAGCGCCGGUUCUGUGACAUUCACAACGUGCUGGACUUUUUUCCCGAUCUCGACGACCUUCAAGUUUCAGGCAUCAGUGUUGAGCGGCUCCGGGGUGGGCCCAAUACCACCUUUGUGGAUGCCCCAUCCCUAAAGAACAUCACGAAAAGCUCCUCGUUGCCUUUUGCGGAGGAGUGCGAAUGCGAGGAGGAUAUCGAGGAGGAUCCAAUGCCAACCAUAGGACAGCCUGAAGUGGCGCAGGUAGGGCUGCGUAUCAAUAGCAAUGACUACAUCCCAGCUGGCGCUGGCGCUGCUGAAGGCCUCAACGAAUGCUACGAGCUGCUGACAAAGUUCUCCUGUGAUCCCUUCGAGCGCAGUGGCAAGCACAUCCUGCGGUUGACAAACAUUGGCCAGCAGACGCUGUCCUUCACGUGGAAGCAGGGCGUCUACUACUACAAUCGUGGCUCCCUGCUGCUGGCCAAGGACAAUGAGUUCCUUUUUGACAUUGAGAACUUUCGUCUGACGCAUGGGGAGACCCGCGAUCUGGUCGUCGUGUAUCAGCCACGAAAGGUGGGCGUGGCCGUGGAGCUGUGGUUCCUCACAGUGGAGCCCCGAGUCUUUUGCAGCGGCAAGGAGUCGCUGAUGAUUCGCCUGCACGGUUGCUGUACGCCCCCCAAGGAGUACAGGGCCAAACUGAGGGAGCUCCACUGUGUGGCCAUAUGUAAGGGAAACACCGAAGAAGUGUUUCAAUUGACCACAAGACUUGGCACUAUGUCGCCCCUGAUUGUGCCACAGCCCGCCUGUUGCCCGCCCUACGAUCGCACAUUGGAUGAGCGAGAGAUCUUUAAUGCGUCGAAUCCCGGCCAUUUUUGCUUUCGGUUCGAUGAUCUGGAGGUGCUUAAGGUUCUGCACAAGCAACUGAAGAAGCCACGCGAACGUAAAUGGGAUCUGCAUCUGGACACCAUCAAGGAGUACAUUAUGCGCAUCGAAUCGUUUGAUAAUCGCGAGAGGAUUUUUGAAAUGUACACAGGGAUUCUCAUCAAUAUGCUGAAGCCAUCAUGCAGCCUGGACACCGUCGAACAGCUGGACACGCAGAAGCAACGCACGCGAUUCAUCUAUGUGCGUGGUGUCAUCUGCAAUGGCAUUGAGGAGUGGCAGGAUCUCAUAUGCACCCUCGAGGACUCGUUCUUUAAGCCAGAGCUGCAGCGUUACUACAUCAGCCUCAUGCAAAAGGUCGAGGAGGAGGAGAACGAAGAGAUCAAAUCCGUUGUUAUGUCGAAACUCUAUCAUUCGAAAUACUUUCGGGAUGCUCUGUUUAUACAGACCUACUCCCAUUUGUGCAAUAUAGCUGAGUAUAUUGUAUCGGUCAUAGAGAGCACAGAUAUUGUGCCAAUAUAGUUAGUUUUCGCUUGUUUUU